AUGGAUAGCGAAUGGACACAAAAGGAUGAAUACAGAGAAAAUAUAGUCAUCAAUGGGAUCCCACAUCUCAUCAAAGGGUUUAUAUUUAAUUUCAAUGAACAGGAAAUGCAUCGCUUGAGACAAUUGUUUAGUUCAACCGUUUAUUUAAGAGAUCCCAAAAUAGAGAGAAUUACAUGGAAUGCAAAGACUUUACCCGAAGUGAAUCGUGUCUUUCAAAUCAGGACUGAUAUGAGAUGUCGACAAACAGUCAAAAUGUGUAAAACAAUGACUGAAUUCAGGGAUUUGUGCGAAACCGACCAAAUAAUCCUAUUGAAGGCCUGUUGUCUUGAGAUCCUAUGCCUCAUAUCUGUUGCCACAUUUGACUUCGUGAAAGAAUUGUGGACCGAUUCCGAGAAUGCUGCUGUUAUGAAAUUGGAGUUUUUAAAAUACGGCAAAUUUAAUUUCUAUGAUGUUCAAAAAGUAUUCAAUCCUAAUCGACCAAAUUUGGUUCAACGAGAUCUGAUUAGACUUCAAGGCGAGACAUACAUGUAUUUACUUCAACGGUAUUUAGAGUUAAAACAUAACUCAAAAACAGAGGCAGAGAUGCGGUUCAAGCGGUUAAUGAAUUGUCUGCAAGAAUUGUAUUCUGUGAAGACUGUAAUGCUUAACAAUUAUGUCACAAUUGAGCCUAAGGUGAAACACGAAUUGGUGACCGAGAUCAUUUCAAAUUAA